GCAUCUGAAUGUUUCAAAGGCAGGUUGAACUUUGCACUAGUUUUCGGAGCUUUUAAGUAACGUUGACUCGGGUUUACCCUCCACAUGUUGACCUAGGAGCUCGAAUGCCUGCUACGCGACCAUCGUCAGCUUUAGGGAACUACUCGAGAAUGCCAAACAUCAAAGUGUUCAGUGGCAGCUCUCAUACGGACCUUGCCCAGAAGAUAUGUGACCGACUUGGUAUAGAACCGGGGAAAGUGGUCACAAAGAAAUUCAGUAACGGGGAAUGCUGUGUUGAGAUCGGAGAGUCUGUGCGAGGAGAGGAUGUUUAUAUUGUACAGAGUGGCUGUGAUGAGGUUAACGACAUGUUGAUGGAACUCCUCAUCAUGAUCAACGCGUGUAAAAUAGCUUCAGCCUGUCGUGUGUCGGCUGUCAUCCCGUGUUUCCCUUACGCCAGACAAGACAAGAAAGAUAAGAGUCGAGCUCCGAUCUCUGCCAAACUUGUUGCAAAUAUGUUAUCUACAGCAGGCGCCGACCAUAUCAUCACAAUGGACCUCCAUGCUUCUCAAAUUCAGGGUUUUUUUGAUAUUCCUGUUGACAACUUAUACGCUGAACCAGCUGUACUUAAGUGGAUCAAAGACAACAUCCAGGAAUGGAGAAACAGCUGUAUUGUCUCCCCUGAUGCAGGUGGUGCCAAAAGGGUUACAUCCAUUGCCGAUCGUCUCAAUGUGGACUUUGCUCUGAUCCAUAAGGAGCGUAAAAAAGCCAACGAGGUGGCCUCCAUGGUUCUGGUCGGGGACGUGAAGGAACGCAUCGCCAUCUUGGUGGAUGAUAUGGCUGACACUUGUGGAACUGUCUGUCAUGCAGCAGAAAAACUAUUAGAAGCUGGGGCCACCAAAGUGUAUGCAGUCUGUACACACGGGAUUUUUUCUGGGCCUGCCAUAUCUCGUAUCAACAACUCAAUGUUUGAAGCCAUGGUUGUUACCAAUACCAUCCCGCAGGAGGAGAGAAUGAAGAACGCCCCAAAGAUCCAGUGUAUCGACAUCUCCAUCAUUUUAGCUGAGGCAGUGAGAAGAACACAUAAUGGGGAAUCGGUUUCAUAUCUGUUCAGCCAUGUUCCACUCUAGUUGUGACGUCAUUCAUUCCUCAUCACUGUAGUGUGUCGAUAUUUCCAUGAUGCUGGCAGAAGCCAUACGACGGACACACAAUGGUGAGAGUGUCUCCUUCCUAUUUACCCAUGUCCCACUCUGAACUGGACCUAAAGUGAUCACGACUUCACAUCCACUCCGACAUGAACUGGACCUAAAGUGAUCACGACUUCACAUCCACUCCGACACGAACUGGACCUAAAGUGAUCACGACUUCACAUCCACUCCGACAUGAGCUGGACCUAAAGUGAUCACAAGGCAAUUCACAGACUUUCCUGACAUCGCCAUUUGAUGUGAAAUCCUUGAUAAACUGUUUAUAAUUCAGAUCUGGCCAAUUUACUGGCAACAAAUUCACAGACUUUCCUGACAUCGCCAUUUGAUGUGAAAUCCUUGAUAAACUGUUUAUAAUUCAGAUCUGGCCAAUUUACUGGCAACAAAUUCACAGACUUUCCUGACAUCGCCAUUUGAUGUGAAAUCCUUGAUAAACUGUUUAUAAUUCAGAUCUGGCCAAUUUACUGACAACAGCAGCAGGACGUUAAUAUCAGAUUGAAACAAAUGUAUUUUGUGAUCCUGUGUAUUUAUAAUGUGUUGAUGGGUAUAAAACUUAGCGUUCAUCGAGAUAAAUUUAUACGCAAUUUUCUACGGUGAUCUCCAGUAAAACUUUAUAUAGAUUGCCUGUAUUUAGUAUUAUACCUUAAAGAAAUACUGAUCUGACAUGAAGUGCUCCUUUGAUGUGAUAUGUUUAUUGGUGACAAUUUGUAUGUAACAUUAAAAUGGUUGUUAUAUAAAACAGA